AGGGUUCCCAAAUCAGUCGAUGUAAUCAAAAUCUCGCGUGUAGCGACUCUUUUCGUCGAUAAUUCAAUAUUUCAUUUUACUGACAACUUGUCGGUUUCUUCGUUUUUUUACAAUCUGCACAAUUCCAUCAUGGAUUCGAACAUGACGUCUAAUUUACUGAGUUCCAAAUUCAGACCAAUCAUUGAGAUACAGACACAUCAAGGGCCAGAGGCUCCAAGCCCAAUUCAGUACAAGAGUGCCAGCAAUCAUCAUAAUGCUCAAGAACUGGCCACUCGAUUCCUAUUCGAAUGCGGAGCCAAACUGAAAACCAACCCUCUCACUGCAGCGGUAGCUGCCCAAAUUUAUCACCGAUUUUUAGAUGCUGUCAAUGAUUCAAGCUAUGAUCCUUAUAUGAUUGCAGCCACAGCUCUUUACAUUGCCAGUAAACAGCAAGAUGAACCUGUCAAAAUCAGGGAUCUCAUCAAUGUGGUUCACAGAACUCUCAACCGAGAUCCUGAAGUUCUGGACCUGUCUGAAGAAUAUUGGAACUACAGGGACUCAAUAGUCCAAGCAGAGCUUCUGACCAUGAGGAUGAUCAAUUUUAAAACCAUAAAUCCAGACAUUCACUUGUAUAUGCUGAAUUACUUGAAAACACUGGCAUCCUGGAUUCCUCCAGCUGUUUGGGAAAAAUCCCCAUUAGUCAAAUUGUGCUGGACUCUGUUACAGGAUUUUCAUCACUGCAAGGUCGUCAUUCAAUACGAGCCCCAACUGGUCGCUUUAGCUAUCAUCUACUAUGGGCUACAGCUUUGUGGAAUAAUGAUCCCGUGCACCACCGAACAAGAUCAACUCCCAUGGCACGAGGCCUUUUACAAAAAUGCCAAAAAAGAAGAAAUCUGGAACAUAAUCGAGCAUUUGCUGGCCUUAUACGAACACGAUAAAGACAUAAAGCACUAGCUCCUUUGAUGAUUGUAAAACUUGACCGAAAAAGUAAAAGUAAAUAAACGAAACACGAUUUUCA